CAGUCAUCGCACCAGGAUUUCAGAAGGUGCGUGUUAUGUUUAUAAAGUAGACGAUAGCUGAUUGUGUUGGAUAUAUUUGGUCGUGGAUAGAACACGAACGAUUAGAGGAAAUAUACCAGCAGCAAGCAGAGAAUCAUGAAUAACCAAAUUUUAAAUCGAGGGAGAAAGAUCAAGUGCCGAAAGGGAUAUAAAAUUUAAACGACAAUAGAUGUCAGAAAUAUAAAGUGGCAGUUGAAAUAAGAAGGAUAAAGUGACAGUAAAAAAAAAUUAAAACGAUGAGAACAAAAUUUAUAUAAUAAAGUUACAUAAUAAGGAUGAACAAACAAGUAGCAGUUUGAACGAUGGGAAGAAAAUAACUUUAGUCCUAAACAAUACAGGCAAGGUUGAUACGAGUUGCUUCAUCAAUGCAAUAAAGUGGGUUAAACUACGCAAAGGUAAAAGGGCAUUGGAAAUACAAUCGUAUCGAUAAAGAAUAGAGAGCACGUUAGAAGCAAAGAAAAACAAUUGUCCACUAAGAAAAAAAGAAGAAAUAUGUAUAAUAUAACAACUUCCAUAAUCCCUUUGGUGACUUUGACAGUAGAGAAUAAUGAUACAGAAAACUUUGAUAACAAUACUUCUAGUAACAGCGGUGAAUAUCAAGGCUAUAGAGAGCCCACGGAGAUUAUCAAGCUAAUAUUGAUAGUUUUCGGAUUUUUAGCAAAUAUGUUCUCAAUAUUGGCUACUUUGAAUGUUACUCGCGAUCGAUGGUCACCGUAUAACACUCUAAUAAUUAACUUGGGAGUGUCUGAUAUCAUGGUGAUACUCUCCUGUGUUCUUCAUGACAUCCUCAUGUUUAAAAAUAGAUUUCACCCUUGCACGCCUGUUCUGAGACGGAUGUUCCUCAAUAUUGCGCUGACGUCAACUUUGUUCAACCUUGUCCUGAUGGCUGUAGACCAUUACGUCGCUAUCAUGCAGGCCUUGUAUUACGAUCGCUUCUUCUCCAAGCAGAAAGUUAGAAUCAUAAUUGCAACUUUGUGGGUGAUAAGUAUGUUUUGCGGAGUGUUGGAUUUAUUUGUAAGUUUACCAAGCUUUCGGAAAAAAGAAACAACAUUUUGUGAUCAUGUUAAUACUGUGAAUAGAACAACCUUUAACUACGAAUUUGUCAUUGUCAUAUUCAUUUUUAUUGUUCUGGUGGGACUUUUGAUCAUUUACACAAGGAUCUGCUAUCAAGUGAGGAAACUCGUUCAGGAUGACCGCCAUAAUCGGUUAGAAAGCUCCCGUUCCAUGAAAGCCAUUGUCACGACAUUCCUAAUAAUUGGAACAUUUGCACUUUGUUGGUGCCCAAUAGGAUUAUACCACACCGUAUUGUACAUAUUACGACCCGACUUUUCCAAAAUGACUAAAGCUGCUAUCGACAAAUUGCUCUUAGUUAACUCUAUUCUGUUCCUGUUAGUCAUAUUGAACACACUCUGCGACCCUGUAAUCUACGCCGUGAGAAGGUCCGAAGUGAAACUGGGCUAUAUCCGGGUUUACAAUAGAAUUCUACAAAAGAGAAGGAGUUCUUCAUUUUAUGAAAACGAAAUGCACUCAUACUUCAGACGCAUAAAUGAUUCGCGUGAUACUGAGAAUGCCGACUAUACGAUUGUUACGAGUCUGAGUAUCUCCUAAGACUAACUCGACAUGUACAUCAUAUUGCACGUCGCCUACUGACAGCAGUGUGCAAUCCAAAUUUGGGUUUGAAAGGGAUAAUUGAUCAGAUUGUUAACAGGUGGUAAUACUAGUCUUCACUUGUUCAAAAUAUUGUUAACUGAAUCAUAGUAAUAUUAUGAAAAUAUAUCAUAAUAUGUGUCAAAUAACGUAAUUAUCAUUAUGUCAUAUUUACAUUAAAAUGUAUUAAAAAAGUAAAGAGUAGUAUUUUAGGGAAUGUGUAAACCUGUAAUAACAGGUAACAAAAAGAACGAAAAAAAAUAUGAUCAAAUCGAUGUUUUGUAUGUUUAAACCUGUUGUUCAUUUAUUUGGUGGUUAUGUAAAUGAAAUAACCGAAACUGUACUAGUAAGUGUUAUCGUCUGUUUUCUUCGAAGAAAAGCGACAAGGUAUUGUCAUAGUCUUGGUGUCGUUGUCGACGAUUGCUUAUGCAUUGCUAUGGUAGUUGACGGCAUCAAAAACAUCUUAAUUGAUCCUGAAUGUAAUCUUUGAAGAAAUUUAAAUUAAUAGUUGUACAAUUUAAACACGCAUGCAUAGCGGAAACUAUAAUUGUGGUUUUAAUGAAUGUCGAGAAGUGCUUUUUCCCCAAAGUAAAAGAGGAUUGUUAGCGUUUGCUAAUGUUUUAUCUUCUUAAUUGCGGAUUCAGAUUUUAGAAGUCAAAUGUCGGAAUUUUCAUUCUUCUCAAUUUAUUUCACGUUUUAUUGUUUGAUAUUUCCU